ACACGGUUCACGUUAGCAACGAGCACCAUCUAUCUGUACGACUUUUCGUUUGGGAACUUGUGAUUAUACUUUGCCAAUUCCCAGAACCAAAAUUGCGUUUCUUUCAGGUAAGAGUGUUCCCUCGAAUAUGUUACUAUUAUUGCGUUUAUCUCAUCAAUGAAUUCGAAUCAUAAUCAUACGUUUCUCUGAUUCAAUUUUUUCCCCUAAAUUCAAUAUAUUCACCGUUGCUUCCAUACAAGAAAGAUACUGUGAAUUAUAAUCUAUUCAGAACCAAUUUUCAAUGUUGUGGUUGAAAUUGGAGUAUAUAUGUACUAUACUACAAUCUAUAUUCACUCACUUUUUUAAGUGAUAGCUGUAGUUUAAGCUUUAGUUGCCUUGCAAGUUGCAACUGUAAAUUGUUUCUGAAUGGAGGGUAUUGAGGAUGGUGCAAGAGCAAGAUAUCCCUCAAACUCAUCAUAUGGUAUUAGUCACCACCCAGGUUAUGGUUAUUUGAAUCAGCAGAAACUUCCUAUCAGGAAUUCUCCAUAUUCCCACUCUGUUGCUAAUGAAUAUGGCCGCGCUAAUAAUAAUAAUGAAGAAGGUGAAGAUGAUGACCAAGAGCAGUUAGGAGGGGAUGAUGAUGAUGUUGAUCAAAGGAACACUGUUCAGCUUUCCCAAAAGGAUGCUGAUGACAAUGAUGGUGAAGAAGAUGAGAUGGUUGGGCAUGGUAAUGAAAAUGAUGAUAACAAUAACAAUGAUGGUGAUGAUGAGGAUGACACUAAGCAGAAAAGUUAUGUCAUGAAGACUGAGGAUGAUUUAGAGUGGCACCCAAAAAAGCAAAAGCUGAAGAGUUUGAUUUCAGCUUAUGAACUUGCUCCUCGGGUGCCAGCACCAUCAGCUUCAGCUCCUAAACCAUCUUUUGGGGGUAGAAAUUCCCUUACUGACUGGACUGAGCAAGAGACAUUUGUUCUUCUUGAUGCAUGGGGUGAUCGGUUCCUUCAACAUGGAAGGAAGAGUCUUAGAUCUGAGGAAUGGCAAGAAGUUGCAGAAAAGGUAUCAGAAGUUUCAAAAAUUGAGAAGACAGAUACUCAGUGUAGAAAUCGUUUAGAUACAUUGAAGAAAACAUACAAAAAAGAGAAGGUUAAGUUUCCAGAAGGGGAUGGUGGAGCUAGCAAAUGGGUUUAUUUUAAAAGAAUGGAUAGGCUGAUGUCUUCUCCCCCGCAACAAGCAGGUCUCUCUUGUGGUUUGGACUCAGGAGAGUAUGUUUUUAUGAACCCUGGUGUUUAUUUGAACCGUGCAAAUGGGUUGGAUGAAAUGAGGGAUAGUCCUGAGAAUACAGAAUCUACCGGUGAAGAAGGUUCUGAUGAUGGACCUCAAGCAAAGAAAAGAAGGAAAGGAAGGGGAAAUGAUGGUGUUUCUUCCUUCAGAUUACUUGCUGGUUCCAUUCAGAAAUUCAGUAAGAUAUAUGAGAAGAUAGAGAAUAGUAAAAGGCAGCAGAUGGUGGAACUGGAAAAGAUGAGGAUGGGUUUCUAUAAGGAAUUGGAAACGCAGAAGAGGCAGAUUUUAGAAAGAUUGCAGAGUGAGAUAUCAAAACUAGAGCAGAGAGAUAAUGAGAAGGAUGAUUCUGCUGAGAAUUUGUGACGUCUUAUGCAUUAUUAUUCCCAUUGUUGUGUAACAUUAAAUGUAGACACUAGACAGCUAGUUGUAUCAUAUUUGAGGCAUUUUGCUGCUUCUUGCCAGCAAUGUUGCAUUUUACUGGAAUGAAAACUGGACAGUCGAUCCAUGUUAUCGUUACCGUUUUUAGAAUUGUACUCAACGCCUGUCUAGUCUAAUGCU